AUGCCACGAGUGGACAGUCGGCACCCAUUAGUUCGUCAACUAAUCAAAGAGUCGGCCGUCAAUCCACUCCUCUAUUCGUGUAUUGGUUUCACAACCAAAGCUCCAUUCACUCAUCCAUUGCGAGCCAUCUCUGGUCUCAUCCAUUAUCUCAUCCCUAACCGCAUCACCGGCUCAUCCCAUCCGAUGGCCACCACUUCAAGCGCGGGCACGAGUGGUAGUGACCACAGCGGCACCGGUGGUGGCAAUGGAUUCAAGUAUGAGUUGGAGGAACGGGUGCUCUGUUUCCACGGGCCGCUCAUCUAUGAGGCCAAGUGUCUGAAGCGGAUCCAUAUCGACAACUCGUACCGCUAUUACGUCCACUACAACGGUUGGAACAAGUCUUGGGACGAAUGGGUCGACGAGUCGAUGAUUAUGGCGCUCAACGACCAGAACCUAAAGCGCCAGCAAGAGCUCAGACAAUCACUACAAGCCGUCAAACAGGCGAACGCUUCCAACGCCAAGAAACGCAAGACAACGACCGCUCAGACCACGGAUGGCGCCGUCAAAGACGCGACUCCGGCGACGGCCACCGAUGGGUCCAAUCGGCGCACAAAGACGUCGUCGUCGGCCGUCAAGAAUGGGACCAAAUCUGGCGACAGUUCUAACGACAAUGAGAGCAACGGAUCCACAGACAGGAAGAAGAAGAAACGCAAAACAAUUGCUCGGAUUAUGUCUAUUGAGGACUCGUUUACCACGAAACUGGAGAUUAGGAUCAAAAUACCGGACGCACUGAAGCCGUGUUUAGUCGACGACUGGGAUCUGAUUACGCGGCUGAAGAUGUUGUACGACUUGCCGGCGAAGACGUCGGUGGAGACAAUACUCGACGACUAUAUGCGCCAAAAGGUGGCCGAAAGCGGCGGCGCUUCCGAGGAGAGCGUUAUCCUCGAAGUGAUCGCUGGCAUCAAAGGCUUCUUCAACGCCAUGAUUGGCAGUCAGUUGUUGUAUAAGUUCGAGCGAAUCCAAUACCAAGAGCUUCUGGUCCACCACAAGGACACCAACACCGGGAUCCAGAUGUCGGCCAUCUAUGGGGCCAUACAUUUGUUGCGGUUAUUCACGCGAAUCAAUAACUUCUUAGCAUUCAUUCCGCUCAAUGAGCCGAUGGUGGAGUUGAUGUCGAAACACAUUCACGAUUUGCUUCAUUACCUCUCAUCAAACACACACCUCUUCACGGCGGGUGACUAUUCCGUGGCGUCGCCCGAGUAUUGCCGCAAAUGUCUCUGAAUUUUGCGCUACAAUUGAGUUGACGUUUAGAUUUUGAUGAAUAUCUUCCGAGUUUUGUAUAUAUUUUGUGUCCAUUUCCUCAGAUUUAUGUUUCAAUUAAAAGUUUAAUCAUUUGUUUAAUUUUAAA